AUGGCACUCGACACAAGCACAUAUGAGAAUGGCCAUGGUUGGACCACACGAACCUUGGAUAUUAAUGCCGUGCUACAAAAGUACGACAAUGAGGAACGGGAGGCAAGAAUGCCCCAUAUGGAUGUCGAGGAAGUCCCCGUCCUGGGCUUGUUAACCCAGACGGUCAUACGGAGCCCUCUUGUGCACUGGAUUCUGCCAGUGCGACUCCGGAAUCAGGAUAACAACGAUGUUGCUUUCAUUGGGGAUGACUUUGUUCAAAUCAAAGAAUUACGACCAGAUAGACUGUUAUGGGAUGUCACACGUAAGGAGAACUUCGGUGCCCGUAUCCGAAAUGCUCAUGUUGUCGGUUCUAUGAAGGCUUAUGUUCGCGAGAAGACUAAGUCCUUUGAAGAUGCGGAAAAUGACGAGGACUUCGAUACCAGCACAGCCUUCAACCACCAAUUGCGCGAUGCACAUCAUUCCAGAGAUUCUUCGUUCCCACCACAAUUGAUACUACUCCAGCUGGAUACUGGCGACUCGGUCUUCCUUAUGCUGGAACGGUCCGAGACUGGUGGGCUGAAGCUUGUGUCCAGUCGCCAUCGUGCUCCGAAGUCCAUGUUGAGACUACAGCCAGGUAUCCAUUUGACCGUUGACCCAAGUUCUCGUUACGUGGCAGUUGGCUGCUCUGAAGCUCUGUUUGCUAUUUAUGCCAUACAUUCACGGGAAGAUUUAUCCAAACAGUAUAAUCAAGGAUUGCCACUUCGUCCAGUCGAGCGCGAGGCAUUUGUAACGGUUAGGGGUGUAAUUCUCAAAAUGUACUUUUUGCAUCCGUCUCCAGCGGAUGAACGGCACGUUAUUUUGCUCCUCUUAGUGGUUGUUAAAGGCAGGACACGUAUGCUGAUCUAUGAUUGGGAAACGGGGAGCGAUCUCAAAAACAUUCGUGCCCUACACAGCAGAGGCCAUUUACUCAACGAAAAUCUGAGGAUGCCUCUACUGCUAAUACCUUUGAGGGCUAAGUCGUCAUUCGCUCUAAUAUACCAGGACUCCGUCACAGUUUGCCACAGCCUCCUUGAAGGUUCGCCGACGUUUAUGGAUCUCCCUCAUAGAAUUGACCCCCCAACUGAAUAUCAUCAUGGAAAAUGCGCUCCAUUAUGGACGGCUUGGGCUAGGGCGCCACGGAACUCGGAAAAACACGAAGCAUUGCAAGAUGACAUCUAUGUUGUCAGGGAAGAUGGUGUACUCAAGUUUCUGGACUUCUCCAUGGACGACGCCACUAGUAAGAGAGUCUCGGUAGGUUAUUUGAAGUCCAACUGUGGUACUGCCUUAGCAUGCCUCGACUACAGUCUACACAAAUCCAAUUUUCGUGAAACAAGUUCCGGCGGGGACUUUUUGAUCACGGGAGGGGAUUCUGGUGCUGGUGGGACCUAUUUGAUUCAAGCUAGAAAAGAUCCGGACCCGAUAGAGCCCAUCCGAAACUGGUCGCCAGCUGGUGAUUUGGCAACAACAUACAAAGAAGUCAGCCCAGAAAUCAGAGAUGAGACGAUAUUUCCACGGCAACCAGGAAAUGGCUUUUCACAACAGCCAGAUAGGGUUUUUGCAUGCGCCGGUAAAGGUGUCAACGGAGCGAUCGUUGAAUUGCGAUACGGUCUUGAGGCCAAGCUUGCACUGUCAGUGGAAUAUCCUACUCAUAUAUUAGAAGCAUGGGCAUUUUCUCCAACUUACGAAUCUCCCGAGUCCGCUGAUGAAUCACUUUUUCUUCUCUCCUUAGGAGAUCAUUCCGCGGUGCUACGACUCUCGGCUGAUGCCAAAGACAUCAGUGAUGAUGAAAAUAAUACUAAGUUUGAACUGGGAUACCGCACCGUUGCAGCUGGUAUAUGCCAAGGUUAUAUGACACAAGUAACUGAACAGUCUAUAGUGACCAUCGAUGCCAAAAGUCAACGAAUAUACACCAAGGAUGAAGUUCUUCGAAUCAUGUGGGAUGGUGAACAUCUAGGUUAUAGUCGUAUCAUCGAUAAAGCUAUUGUUUACGAUGACUUAGUGCUGUUUGCGGCAACUCUAGAGGACGCGACUUAUCUUCAGGUCUUAGAGCCUACACAUCCCGACGCUAUGGAUACUAGUGACCACUCUGGUGAGUGGUCAACGACAAACGUUCAAACAAUCAGUAAGCAUCCGGUAGGGAUAUCUGGGAUUGGAAUAUGUUUGCUGGGCCACAAACUUCAUGCCAUUACUGCAGAGAUACUGGAAAAUGUACCUUGUUUAACGUUUGUAAGGAUUGCUGAUGGCAUGAAGCGACAGUUAUGGAUACCUUUGGACAACGAGGAUCUGAGUGGUGAUCUGGAAGCUAUUGUCAGUAUCGUUGCUGGUCCUUACAGAGAUGGUAUCCUCACCCUACUAUGUGGGUCACGCAACGGUUUAGUGAUUACGCUCUUGGUGAACGAAGUAUUUGAACUCACUGGCAUUGGGUUCGACAAACUUGGUUCGACUCAGGCGAUCAUUAAACGCGACGAGAACCCUCACCCAGCCGAUCUGUUCUUUGUGAGCUGCGACUCUAGAAUAUACGGCAUGAGUUUAGCGCACUGGUACCAGUCGCGAUCCGCCCGGCUAUCAUGUUGUCCAAAAUGGGACAUACGAGAAAUUUGGCUAACAGAUGCCUCCGUGCCAGAACUAAAACAGCCCGAAAUAAAUUCUAUAGCCAGGUUAAAACCCAGCUCUUAUGGAGGCUCCGACGGUGGAGUUCUUCUCGUCGCAGGCGACCAUAUACUGCUAGCUGCUUUCAGCACUCAAGGCAAAACUGUACCCCGUCGGCUUCCAAUAAAGGGAACUCCAACGCGGCUCCUAUACUCGCGUUCUCUAGGCGUUCUUGUCGUGGCGGCCAUCAUUGACUCCAGGUCCACGAUUCUCAUGAUCGACGCAGAUACUGGGGAGGAUCUUUGUUUACCAAUUGAUCACGCCACCAAGAAGCCCACUGCUUCCAUUAGGGGUCUUGGUAACAUGGACGAGAAGAUCUAUCACUUGAUGGAAUGGCCUUUCGUGAAGAACAACAAAGCUUGGUACUUCAUCAUCAUUACAACUAGCACUGGAAGACUUUUGAUUAUUUCUGCUGUGCCAGGUCCACCAGAAGGUGAAAUUGGCAAGAUCAGUGGGCGGAGGAAGAUCCGGUGCCACAUGAGAUACAAAUUUAAAGUUCCCGAUGCGGUAUUUUCUGUGGCAGGCUUCCCGGGGGGCCUUGUAUGGUGCGCGGGGCAUAAGAUAUUUUACGAUGUUCUCGAUACAACCGAGAAAAAGUUCAAGAGGCUUGCCCAAUAUGAGCUACAAUCGCCCGCGACCUCGCUUUCGUACGACGACGGAACGAUAUAUGCCCUUACUAAUUCCCAUUCGCUUGAGAUUCUAAAAAUAGUGACAGACGAUGACGGCGAAUCAGGUAUAAUACACACGCAUGUCGAUCAUGUUGCACGAAACACACUACACCAUGCCUUUGCAAAUGGAUGUACCGAACGACCCAUACAUUUCGUAUCCGACAAGGAGUGCUCCAUGGUAGGGCUUUGGGAAACUCAAGACACCAAAGCUGACUCAUUAGAAACUAUAUUUGAAGCACAAAUGCCACAUUCCAUUCUACGCUUUCGAUAUGGCAAAACACGCCCAGCAUGGGACCCUCUGUCAAGUAACAACUCAUAUCACUCUAAGCUGCUCAGACAAUCAGUCGGUGGUGUGAAAGAGAGGGUUUUGAAAUCCACAAAUUCGCCAGAAAUGCUCGGAUUAUCACUCGACGGAUCUGUCAGCCACUUUUCCAUGCUAGAUGUUGUCUCGUGGCGGUUCCUACGCUUCCUCCUUAACUUGGCUCUGCGCUCUUCGCGUGUUUGUGAGUUCAAUUAUAAGGAUGAGAUCAAAUCAUUAGAGCCUGCCAUGGCCCCGAAAAUAAUGAUGCAUGUCGACGGUGAUGUUCUAAAGCGAUGUCUUGACGAGCAGCAUCUUGAACACCUGCUCCGUAUCGGCCACGAGACCGAAGAUGCUUCCAAAAUAUUCUCAAAGUUCUACGAACUAUUACAAGAGCUCCAUGGAGGCUCCUUAGAGGCGGGUAAAGAUCCAGACGAGUACGUUUGUCAAGCAUACGAGGAUCUAGCUUUUUUUCUAAGACCGGUUCUGUAG